AUGUAUUUCCGACCAGGUUUCUGCCGGCGAUCCGUGUUCUCCAUGACGGCGGAGUACAACAACGGGGCCCAGUCGUGCAACUGCGACUUCCAGGGUUCCUUGAGCUUCGAAUGCGAGGAGAUGGGCGGGCAAUGCUCCUGCCGUCCCAACGUCAUCGGCAGGAAAUGCAACCGAUGCCGCACGGGUUUCUACGGUUUUCCCUAUUGUCGCUCUUGCGACUGUCCGUCCACCGCACUCUGCGAUCCCUACACUGGUAUGCUUGACUCUUCCCCGAUGCUCUUGAAGCGCUGCCGAGAGAAUGUCGUGGGCCGAACGUGCGAUCGAUGCCUUGCUGGAUAUUGGGCCUUUCCCCAAUGCCAACUGUGCAACUGCGACUUCCGAGGCACGGCCGAAGACAUCUGCGAUCAGGAAACAUCGACGUGCUUCUGUAAAGAGAAUGUCUACGGUCGAUCGUGUGCCAGUUGCAAGCCAGGGACUUUCAAUUUGGAGGAGACAAAUCCAGAUGGAUGUUCGAAGUGCUUCUGCUUUGGCAAGACCAGCCAAUGCUCCAGCUCUUUCCUCUAUUGGGAUCGGGUUGCCCGUCUCCUCGUCGGGGAGACAGCUGUGCAAAAUGACCAGUAUGGCUACUCCGAAAUGCUAGACCCGUGGUUGACUUUCGCCAUCGAGGAUAUUCGAGGAUAUUCAAUUCUUUCAGUUGCAACGCUUCUUUCGGCUUCCAUGAUUGCUACUGAAGCAAAUGCACCGAUCUCGGAGAUCCAGGACUGGAAAGGGACGGGCAUCCGGCAAGUGGCAGGGAAUUACCAGAAAGCCCCCAUCGAAGCCUCCGUCACGUCGUACACGGAUCUCAUGAGGAUGGAAUUGGGUGCUACCGGCGAGGACAUGGCCGUCUACUUCUCUGCUCCCGAGGUCUAUCUAGGCAAUAAGCUCAGUUCCUACGGAGGUCAUCUCUCGUAUACGCUCCUCUUUAUUCAAGGGGAACUGUCGAGUGGCAAGGGAGGCAGGGCAAAGCCGGCUCCGGAUUUAAUCCUCCAAGGACAUAACUUGACUCUUCUUCAUUAUUCUCUCGGGGAUCUCUCCGCACUGGAGUCAACGUCCGUCUCGCUUGAAUUGGUGGAGAGGAAUUUCCGCCUCCCAUCUGGCAGCCCGGCGACCAGAGAACAGCUCAUGCAGGUCCUCUACAAACUCGAUGGUUUGUAUAUCAGAGGGAACUACUGGAAUCCAACUGCCGAGGCCCGGCUGAGCAACAUAUCUAUGCCACUGGGGAUAGAAGACUUCUUCGACGGGGCGGAACCAGCCUCAUCAAUAGAGCAGUGUCAAUGUCCUCCCAGUUAUCGAGGCCUCUCGUGCGAAGAAUGUGCACCCGGAUAUUACAGGGCUCAAACAGGGCCCUUUGGGGGCUUCUGUGUCCCUUGUCAAUGCAAUGGCCAUUCCAACGAAUGCGAUCCCCUUACCGGCAAAUGUCUCAAUUGUCAGCACGACACAGAAGGGGACUAUUGCCAGAAAUGUCGAGCCGGUUACCAUGGAAAUGCAACUCAGGGGACGCCCAACGAUUGCCUCAUCUGUGCCUGUCCUUUACCGCUGGAAAGCAAUAAUUUUGCGAAAUCAUGCAUGGUGUCAGAGGACGGACGGGCCAUCAGCUGUGAAUGCAAGCCAGGUUAUUAUGGUCCCAGAUGCGAAGUCUGUGCUGCAGGGUUCUACGGUCAACCGGAAGUCCCAGGGGAAAUUUGCAAACCGUGCAAUUGUUCGGGGAACAUCGACCCGUCGGACCGUAGGGCUUGUGAUUCCGUGACGGGAGAAUGCUUGAAAUGUUUGGGGAAUACCGGUUGUGACUGUGAUCAAUGCGGGGCGAGGAAUUGCGAUCACAGCACGGGAGUGUGCAACUGCAAGGAGAACGUUAUCGGUGACAAAUGCGACCGGUGUGCCGUCGAUCAUUGGGGAUUCGAUAUCUGCCAGGGCUGCCGAGGCUGCAACUGUGGAGCGGCAUCGAUGAGCACUCGUUGCGAGGAAACUACGGGGCAAUGCCGAUGUCGGCCAGGUGUCGGCGGGAGAACCUGCGACCGGUGUGAGCCUGGAUAUUGGAACUACACUCCCAACGGCUGCGAACGGUGCAAGUGCAACCCGAAUUAUGCGUUCGGGGGUGGAUGCAAUCCCCAGACUGGUCAGUGCGAAUGUCUUCCGAACGUCAUCGGUCAAAAUUGCGAUUCCUGUCCUCAUCGAUGGGUCCUCAUUCCGAACAAGGGUUGCAGAGAGUGCGAUACGUGCACCCACGAUCUCCUAGAUGUCAUGGACUCUAUGAAGUCCACCAUUGCCCCUCUUCUCACCGAAUUCGAAACGGUAUCGCUGAGCUUCUUCACGACCAAGCGACUGAUGAACAUCAACUCGACAAGCGAUGAGUUGAGGAAGAAGGUCGAGGACUUCGAUCCAAAGUUGGUCAACCUCAGCCCCCCUUCCCUGGAGAUCGACGACCUCACGGCAAAAGUCGACGAUUUCGCCCUCUCUGCGGAAGGGAAUUUGCUGGAGGCUACCGACGGACUGGAUAGCAGUGCCCUCAUCCUGGAGAGCGGGAUUAAGAUGCAGAAAGAGGCAGAGAAAAACGUGAAGGAAGUGAGAGACAUCGUCACCCGAGUCGGACAUCUAGCGAUCGGAUUUGAACAUGCGGCUGGCAAGUCUCCCUUCCCUUACAAGGCACGCUACGCUACCCCCACUAGGGAUUUAUUGGGAACGUCCUUCUGUUCUCCCAGUGAGCGAGCAAACAUGGAGCUGGAAGAAGCUCAACAGCUCCUAGAGAGCAUGAAAGAAUUCCAAGUUCCCGUUAAAGAAGAUAUCGGCCAACUGGAGGACCUUAGGAACAACAUGACCCACAUCCGAGACCGACUGGCCGAACUUCAGAAUCAGAGUUCUCAGAGCCUUCAGAAGGUCUCUUCCGCUAUGGAUGCCAUCAAUAAAGUGAAGGCGACUGAUAUGCAGAGGAAGCUUCAGGAUGCAGGCAUCAACGCGGAGGAAAGCAGGAAUCGAACCAUCGAGGCUGAUCGAAGAACUCUGGAAGCAGAAGACUUGUUCAAGAAUGCCACUACCAACUACCAAGUCCUCAGUGGACGUCCACCCGGUGGAAAUCCACCAUUCGCCAUUCGCACACAUGUAUUUCGAGCCAGGUGGAUUUUCCCUCCAGGGAAUCCUCCUGGUGGACAUCGCUCCAACAGGGUGGAAAUACGCCUAGGGGGACAUCCACCUGGUUCCAAAUCCACAUGGGAGGUGGGCGAUGAGAGCGUGACGCAGCUGGAGACGUUCAAACAGGAGUUGAAGAAUGCAGCUGAAUCCCAGAAUGGAGAUUUGCGACGUGUCGUGUUGGAUUCCCAGCGACAUGCCAGGGAUCUCGAGAGAAAAGCGAAGGAUCUGGACAAUCUGAUAGCGGACACGAGGACGAUGUCCGAAAAUGCUGUGAAUGCAGCCAAUUCUAACAAAGACAUCGUGAAGGCGACGGAAGAGGCAAGAGAGGCAGGCAAAGAAGCACGGAAAACAGCAUUAGACACGAAAGAGAAGCUGGGAGGCGUGGGGAGUCGGUCGAACGAAAGCCUCGGGGUGGCGAAGGAGUUGAAGAAGGAAUCGCUGAGCUCAGCUGAUGCCGUACAGAAUCAGCUGGCUGCCAACCUUGCCAACGGCAGAUUCUUGACUGAACUCACCGCCGACACUGUGGAAACCAUCAAGGCCAAUCUUUCCGAGAUCCAGAGGCAGAUAGGCCUGUUGCCGGCCCUGAACGACCCGGAUCGGUUGAAUGCAGAUGAUGCGUUGCAAGCAUCACAGAAGGCUAACGAGACUGCCAACUCAGUCCUGAGGGAAGUGGAACGACUGAAUCUCGUCGCGCUGAAAGUGAAUCGAAGCUCUAAAGCCUACCAGCCGAUGAUGCUGUUGGCUCUCCUGGAAGACGGAGGAGAAAAGAAAUACCGAGACGAUCCUCCUCGAAUGAGAGAACUUGCUGAUCGGUUGACGUUGAAACAGGCGGAAUUGAAAGCGAAAGGGGAAAAAGUAGGAAUGUCCAUCCACACCUUGAAGAUGAAAAUCGCCAAGGCUCGAGAACAGGCCAACCGGCAAGUGCUGGACAUAUACUUCGUAUCUCUCUUCUUCAAGAUCAAAGUCGGCCUGCAGUUCAAGCCCGACACGACGUUGCAGUUACAGAAUCCAGAAGGCCUGAAUGCAGCUGCUACUUCCACCAAACUCUCGCUUUACUUCAAGACCGACAAAAAAGACGGAUUCCUUGCCUAUCUGGGCAAUGAGGAAGGUACCCACACCAAGUUGAAGAACACCAACACCGACGAUUUCUUGGCACUGGAAUUGGAAGACGGAUUCGCAACCCUUGUCGCGGAUCUGGGCUCUGGCGUCCGUCGUAUCCCCAACACCAAGAAAUACGUUGCCGAUGAUAUCUGGUACAGGGCCAUCGUCGAGAGGGUGGGGAAGACGGUGGAGCUGAAGAUCGUGGAAGAAGGGCCGAAUCAGGAGGAGAUAGUUCACAGUGUGACGGGGAAGACUGCAGGACCCAAGAGUGUCCUUAACCUGGAUCAGGAAAAGAGCUCUCUCUACGUCGGUGGAUUCCCCGGUGAUGCCAAAGUGCAACAGAACGUGCGAUAUAAGUCCUUCGAUGGAAGCAUCGAGGGAGUGGAGGUGAACGAUCAACCUGUCGGCCUUUGGAACUUCAAGCAAGCCAACAACAACGUCCAUGCAGAAAUCGAAAGAGAUAGGUUGAAGACGGUAAAGCCGUCCACAGGGUUGCAGUUCGAAGGGAAGGGAUAUGCAGCCAUAGAUCGGAAAGCCCAUCAGUUCCGGAAUAAGUUCUUCAUCAAGAUGAACUUCAAGACAUAUGCGGACAACGGUCUCCUGCUCUUGGUCGGCAAGAAUAAACGAUUCCUGUCUUUGGAACUCCGUGAUGGACGAAUCAUGUAUCAGUACGACUUGGGAAGCGGGCCAGUGCGAAGCAUCACUGAUAAGACCUACAGUGAUGGGGAAUGGCACACCUUGCAAGCUCAACGACAGGGUAGAGAAGGACAGCUCACGGUGGACGGGGAGAACAUGGAGCGAAUUACCUCCCCAGGCCAAGAAAUGAAUCUCCGGGUCUCCGACUAUAUUUACUUCGGAGGCUAUCCGGGAACCCACGGAUACGUCGACGUCACCAACAUCGGCUUCGAUGGUUGCAUCGACGACGUGGGAAUCUCCAACACCCCUGUUGACCUGAGUCAGAAUCGAGAAGCCAUCGGAGUGUCCCAUGGAUGCCCAGUCCGGACGGCGAGAACGGUGUCGUUCGACUCCAGUGCCCCAGGUUACGUGGCCAUUCCAAAGGCUCCAAUAGGAGACGAUCUCCAGGUCACGUUCAAAUUCAAGACCCUUAAAAACGACGGAGUGCUCUUCCAUGCCGGAAAUGAAGGGGCCAAAGACUACGUGUCCAUCUCCUUGUCCAAGGGGGGUCUCGUCAUGGAAACCCCUGAAUAUCGACUCGACACCGGGCCCGACCAUGAGCUCAACGAUGAACAUUGGCAUUAUGUCACGGCAACCAAGGACUCUAAGGGAUUGAGGAUCGAUCUCGAUGACUUCCGCGUCUACGAGCUAAAUUUCACCGAGGAAAAGCGCGGUGCGAAGUUGACAACGCCGUUGUUCUUCGGUGGGGUGCCAGGGACAUAUUCCCCAGGGACGUAUCCGCGGUCCCGAUUCGUCGGUUGCAUCGCAGACACGACCGUCAAUGGGGAUUUAGUGAACUUCGCUAACAGCACCGAGGGUUUCGGCGCCCAAUUGGAGUCAUGCCCCAUCGCAGAUCCCGUCGCCGCCAAAUCUCCUCUCCCCACGGCUCCCAGUUUCCCAGAGAUCUUCGACGUAGAAGUGACAUUCCCAUUCGAAGAUAGAGGGAGAGAGGGAACGACGGCUGCUCCCACUUUCCCUGUUCCUUCACCAGGUGCUUACGAGGAAGACGAUUAUUACGACGACCUUAUUGUUGACGGAGUGGAGUCAACAGGGACGACGAAGAAGCCGGCCCCGACGCUUCCUCCACACGCCUGUGCCCUUCCCCAGAACCCCGCUGUAGACUCAGAGCUCAACGAACACAGCGGACAACGAUUCGGCGGGAACCCGGAGAGCCGUCAGGAAUUCGAUUCGCUUCCUUACAAAGUUCAUACAGACUCGGAAUUCUCGGUGGAAUUCAAAAGCGAUAGCAAGGACGGAGUCAUCUUUUACGUAUCGGACAACAAUCACAUCGAUUUCAUAGCCCUCUACGUCAAGAACGGCCAGGUGUAUUAUGCCUUCAACUGCGGCUCGGGAGCGGCAGUGUUGUCGAGUGAGAGGAGUUACAGUGACGGGAAAUGGCACGAAGUGAGUUUCAACCGAGAAGAGAACAGGGGGAUCCUCAUGAUCGACGACCAAACCGUUGCCGAAGGGGAAAGUCAAGGCAAUACCAAGAGCAUCAACGUGAAUCCUCCCUAUUUCCUAGGCGGUCUCUCGCAAGAAGCCCAAAAUGACUCCAAGAAGAAUCUCCAGGGGAUAUCGAUGGGCUUCGCAGGGUGUCUUCGGAAUUUCCGAAUGAAAGGCCGAUCUUUGGGUGAACCAAAGUCAUCGGUAGAAGUCGUACCGUGCUCAGAGAAGGUGGAGGCCGGCGUUUUCUUCUAUUCUGAGCCAGGCUACGCAAUUGCAGACGAAACUUUCCACGUCGGAAAGUCGAUCAAGUUGAAGCUUCAAAUAAAACCACGGACGACGUCGGGGGUCCUGCUGUCCGUCACGAACCCCGAGGUGAAGGACUUCAUGACGCUGGAGAUGAUCAACGGGAGUGUGAAAUUCACUGUGGAUAACGGCGCUGGGCCAUUCUGGGCCACGUACACGAGCCCCGAGGAAUACGGACUUUGCGAUGGGGAAUGGCAUACGAUCUCCAUGGUGAAGACGGGGAAUCUGGUCACGUUGUCCGUGGACGACGUGUUCACAAACCCUGGAAUCGGGCAACCGGGGAUCACCGUCACGAAUACGAAUCAUCCCUUGUAUGUUGGGGGUCAUCCCUGGAAGAAUUCCAAUAUCGUGGAACACUUUGCCACCUCGGCCCAAUAUGUAGGCUGCAUCCGAAACGUGGUCGUCAAUGAAUCCCCGCUUCCCUUGAACCGAGUCGUUGGCAAAGCCACCGUCAACACCUGCCCUACCAUCUAACCAUAUUAGGCUUUUUUUUUGCGUCUGUUACGCUUACAUGUCCGUCUGUCUGUUUGUCUCUGCCAUUCAAUCAUUAGGAUUCCCAUCCCAGCCAUCUCUUCCCGCUCACUCCACCUCUUCUCUCUCUUUCCCUCUCUCCGUUUCCUUCACCUAGACUAUUUGAAAUAAAGUUAUUCGUUCCGAUUUU